CUUUUCACAUUGGUUCCUAAAUACUUUACGGUAACUCGCCGAUGAUCCUCUGGGAUCCUACAGUGGAAUUUCACGCUACUGGGAAGUUUGAGAAAUCAUUUAUAUUUUGCGCUUCAGAGUUCUCGGGCAAAUGAGUUUACAGUGAGAUUGAAGUUUGGACGUUUAUAGAGGAAACAGAGGACAUCUAGUUCAAGAUAAGUAGCUAGGUCAGGGUAAUUAACGUUACGUCGAUAUGAAAUUCAUUAGGUAGCUAGCUAGAGGCUUAGCCUAGCUUAAUUGAAGCGCUGUAAUUUGCCUUUAACGUUACUUAUAGUUAGUACCACCACUGUAGAUUCUUUACAUUUGAUCUGAAAAUGCCUAUUAAACUGACCACUCAGGCGUACUGUAAAAUGUUACUACACGCUGCCAAAUAUCCUCACUGCGCCGUGAACGGACUUUUUGUCACCGAAAAGCAGAAGGAAAAGAAAAAAGACAGUCAUAAUGUUCCAGUCUUGUGUGUUGAUUGUGUACCUCUCUUCCAUGGCACCCUUGCGUUAGCGCCUAUGUUGGAAGUAGCACUGACAUUGAUUGAUACAUGGUGUAAAGAGAACAAAUAUGUUAUAGCAGGCUAUUACCAGGCCAAUGAACGCACAAAAGAAUCAAGAACAGGACCAAAUCAGGUGGCUGAAAAAGUAGCUGCAAGGAUUUCAGAAAACUUCAACGAGGCUGUUAUGAUUAUUGUGGACAACAACCGGUUCACCAUGGGAUGCUUUGAACCAAUUGUAAAUAUCUUUGAUCAUCAUGAAAACAAAUGGAAGUGCAGGGAUCCAAAUGCUGAGUCUUUUGAGGACUGGGAGGAAGCCCAGAGGAUUACCUCAACACUGCUGGAGAACAGGUCCUACGAGAGCCUGAUAGACUUCGAUAACCAUCUGGAUGACCUCAGGAAUGACUGGACGAACCCUGAAAUUAACAAGUCCGUCCUACAUCUUUGCUAAAAUGCCUUUUUUUCAGUGACCUGCAGCAAAGCCAUCAAUGCCAAAAAAGGGGGACCCCUGAUUGCUAUGGAGUUUGGUCCCAGCAGUUCUGUACUUACACACAAGGAAUUUUUCUAAAUGGUUAAGGGGAAAAGCUUGGAAUUGUGCACUCAUAGUUGGAGUCACUGAUGUGAUAGAGCCCCCCUUUUGUGUUCUAAAGUGCAGUGUCUGAAAAGUUAUGAUUUUCAGGCUGUGCUUGAGUAUGCAUCAUUUUGAGAGCAUAAUGACAAGGCCUGUUUUUGUUGUUGAUUGAUUGAUUGAUUGAUUGUUUGUUUGUUUAAUAUUUCAGUUUACGUAGCCUGAUGAGGAAAAGAUGAAUUAUAGUAAAGACCCAUUAAAUUGUGCUGCAGGGUUGUAAUAAAAAUGUAUUGAAAUAAACUUUAUAGAUUCCUUUGAUUGUUUUAAGUCUUAAUAUAUAAUGUUGUUUAAAAUAUUUUCCUGGGUUAACCUUAGUUAUGAUGUAGCCUGAUUCUGUGUCAUGAAACAAACCUUGAUUUUUAAUGUAAUCUCUUUGGCUAAUCUGCAAAUUUGAAAAUCUUUAUCACAGCACUGAAAUGAAAGAGCUGGCUUCAUGAUCUCAAUUAACUUAAAUGUUUGUAAAAAGGGAUUUUAAUUAAUGUAAAAUAAAACCUUUUUCAGAUAAA